AUGGGCAGCACAGCCGCCCCGUCUCCGGAUACCAUCUCCGACAGCGAGUUUCACGACAUUCUGGCCAAGUAUCCCGCCUGCGUUGCGGACAUAUCCGCCGCCAAACGAGUGAAACCUGGCCAAGAAACCCUUGCCAGUCUGGACCAGUAUCGCUAUGGUGCGGCUCUUGCCACCUUCGGGUCCGAAACCCCGAAUGUGCUUAUGGAACUCGACGACGUCCGAAAACUCGUUGAAUGGAAGCUCCAGCAUGGGAAGUUUCGGCCCACAUUGAUGAAACUCGUGUCGUCAAACGAGCCGGGUUUCGUUCGGGAGACCGUUCAGGAGGCAGUUGCGCACUAUCGAACCAAGUCGAAUGCCUCGACUGCCGUCCAGAUCCUGACUCAGCUCAAGGGUAUCGGCCCGGCCACCGCCUCCUUACUCCUUGCUACCCAUAACCCAAACCAUGUCAUAUUCUUUGCCGACGAGGCCUUCCACUGGUUGUGUUGUGGUGGGUCCAAAUCCCCCAUCAAGUACAACUUGAAGGAGUAUGCCGAGUUGGAUAAACGUGUGCAGGCUGUGACCAAACGGCUCGGCGUCAAGGCCGUCGACGUUGAGCGUGUCGCGUUUGUCUUGAUGAGACAGCCAAUGACCAAGACAACGGCUUCGGACAGUGCUCAGAAUCCGCCAACCGGAUCCGUAGCCGACAGCACGAGCCAAACGCAACCGGCAGCGAAACGGAAGGCCUCGGCUUUGGCCGAUGCUCCCGUGCUUGAAGCGCCUGUGCGACGUUCGAAACGAGGGAAACAAGCGUCUAUGGUAGAUCUCGGGUCCCGGGCAAAAAAGGCUGAGACGCACUCAUCCGCCCACUCUGAUCCCAUCCAACUUACAUCAAGGUUCGCGGCCUUGAAAGAGGGUUUAAUAUCGGGGGAAGACCUAGCAGUUAACAACUCCUGGCAACGGCUCCUCCGACAGCUCCCCGGCGAGAUCGACCAGGUGUCAUCGCUCGGGUCUGCAGCCAUCCCCACUAUUAGCUUCGAAGACACCACAGACCCGACCCAAGCUGAACCCUUUCUGGAACAACUUCACCGAAGGGGAGUUGGUAUCGUUCGAGGUGUGGUCCCCAAGGAUACCGCUCUGGCCUGGAGCCAGGAGGCGGCUGAGUAUGUCGAGCAGAAUACAGCAACAAGUUUCCCGCCAACAUCAGCUAGACCGCACGAUAUAUUCUGGAGCCCUGCCCAAGUCAAAGCUCGGGCACAUUCCAAUAUCAUUGCAACGCAAAAGUUUGUGAUGAGUAUAUGGAAGUCAACGGCCGACAACGCCAGCGUUACCCCGCGGUUCCCAAUCUCCUACGCAGAUCGUAUGAGUUUGUCCACAGCAUGGCGAGCUCCCCAGCGUGGGCCGUACGCACACAUUGAUGGUGGGAGUGUUGAACGUUGGGAGCCCGAUGGGUAUGGCCGGGCGGGCACGUACAAGGACAUAUUUUGCGGUCGAUGGGAAGAAUAUGAUCCUUGGGAGAGCAGCAGCCGCUUAGGAGUAACCAGUGAUCUCUACCAUAGAGCCGGUGCUUGUUCAAUAUUCCGUAUGUUCCAGGGCUGGCUCGCCCUCGAGCCCAUCACCUCCUCUGGACCAGGUUCUGUCCGUGUCUGCCCACUCCCCCGCCUCGCAACGGCGUACUUCCUCCUCCGCCCUUUUUUCUCCCCCGCCUCCUCCCCAUCGACGGCAACGUCAACAACGCUCGCACCACCACCACCAAACGGAGACCAAUGGGCUUUCAACCAUCCCCAAAACAGUAUCCUCCACGGCGCCCUCCCCAGCUACGCACAAGAAAUUUCCCCGACCCUCCAUCCCCACCUCCAACUAGACUGCAGCAUGAUCGCCGUCCCAGAUCUCGAACCAGGCGACUAUCUCGUCUGGCAUCCCGACCUCAUCCAUUCCAUCCACACCCCUACUGACAACGAACACCCGGCCACCACUCCCACCCCAAUGACAACGACCGGAACACCAACUUACAUCUAUCUCCCCGCCACCCCCUUAACUCAAACCAACGCGCUCUACCUCGCCCGGCAACGUAAGACCUUCCUUCUAGGCCACCCAGGCCCCGACUUUGGCGGCGGUCGCGGUGAGAGCGGACAUGGCGGACGGCCGGGAGUGCAAGAUGUUAACGAUGCUGGGGGUGACGACGGGUUACGCGCGAUGGGCCUGUUGCCGUGGGACGAGGAGGAGGCGGACGGGGAUGAGGAGAGGGCGGUGUUGGCGAUGGCGAAUGGGAUUUUGUUUCCGGAUUUGUAUGAUAUGCUGUAA